GCGCCUCUGCUUCAACCCUUCGUUCGUCUCACGUUCCCUUUCUCACCCCAAUCUUCGCCUGAAAUCCCGCCCUUGUCCCCUCUGGUCUUCGUCUUUCUCCCUCUGCAUUCACGCCCUCCGCAUCUCAGCUCCCCUCCCCCCGCUUUCUCCUCGCAAGCCGGAAACUCUUUCCCGAUCGUUCUCGAUGGCGUCGGCUCCGGCGACCGAUGACAAUCCUUUGUUGACGGAUUUCUAUUUCCCCCCGUUCGAUUUGAUCGCCGCAUCUCACGUCCGCCCCGGGAUUCGCGCUUUGCUGAAGCGACUGGAAGUUGAAUUGGAGGAAUUGGAGAAAACUGUGGAGCCGACGUGGUCUAAGCUGGUGGAGCCAUUGGAGAAGAUCGUAGAUAGAUUGACUGUGGUUUGGGGUGCCGUUAAUCACCUUAAGUCCGUGAAAGAUAAUCCUGAACUCCGCUCCGCCAUUGAAGAAGUUCAGCCAGAACAAGUCUCUUUUGCGCUAAGGUUGGGCCAGAGCAAACCAAUGUAUAAUGCCUUUAAAGCUAUCAGAGAGUCUCCGGAUUGGCAUGGUCUUAGCGAUGCUCGCAAGAGAAUUGUCGAGGCUCAAAUAAGGGAGGCUGUCCUGAGUGGUAUUGCCCUUGAAGAUGAUAAAAGAGUGAGAUUCAAUGAAAUUGAGCAGGAAUUGACAAAAUUGUCACGGAAGUUUGGGGAGAAUGUCUUAGAUGCCACAAAGAAGUUUGAAAAAUUAGUAACUGACAAGAAAGAAAUUGAGGGGUUGCCAGCUACAGCUCUUGGUUUGGCUGCCCAGACAGCAGUGUCUAAAGUAAUGUCCCUUCUAGCAUUUCCAUUGUUCUUGUUUAUGGAAGACCACGAAGCAUCUGAAGAACAAGUUGGUGCUGGGAGACUGGUGCAUCAACAUCAUCCAACCAGUCGGCAAGAUUCUGCAGUUGUUGGCAAUAUGCUGCCAUGUGAUGGUGGAGAGGAUCCAACCCUGGAGAAGAGCGUCGAGUUGGAACCAUUCGUCGUCGUCUUUGGAGGAGGGGACAACAGAGCCAUCGAUGUAGCCCUUGAGGUUGAACCGCCGAACCAGAAGAAGGAAGAGUCGGCUCUACUUUUUAUGAGGAGGUUUGGGGGAGGUAUUUUGGGAAGUGACCUCGCUGUUUUCGGCCAUGGUGAGGGGGAGAAGAGGACUGCCGAAGAGGAGGGGCUGUCGCCGGAGAGCUGCCGAGGGAGGGACGGCGCUGCUGAGAGUGGCGGCGAGAGAGAGAGGGCCGAACGAGAAAGAGAAAGAGGAGAUAUGGAAGACCUCAAAGACUUUUGUAAAAGUCAAGGUGCUCUAGAAGCUAAAGAUUUGAACCAUUGGGAUAUUGGUUUUUGGAGUGAGAGGCUUCGUGAAUCCAAGUAUGAAUUAAAUGAGGAAGAAUUGCGCCCAUAUUUUCCACUACCAAGGGUCAUGGAUGGUCUUUUUAAGCUUGCAAAUAAGCUUUUUGGUAUAUAUGCUGAACCUGCUGAUGGUUUAGCUCAGGUAUGGGACAAGGAUGUCCGCUUCUACCGUGUGAAUGAUUCCUCAGGCAGUCCCAUAGCAUAUUUUUACUUUGAUCCAUACUCACGUCCAUCUGAAAAGCGUGAUGGUGCAUGGAUGGAUGAAGUUGUUGGUCGAAGCCGUGUAUUGUCUGUAGAUGGUGCUUCUGUAAGGUUGCCUGUUGCCCAUAUGGUUUGCAAUCAAAUGCCACCUGUGGGAGAAAAACCCAGCCUGAUGACAUUCCGUGAAGUUGAUACAGUCUUCCAUGAGUUUGGCCAUGCCCUUCAGCACAUGUUGACUAGGGAGAAUGAAGGUAUGGUUGCUGGUAUUCGGGGCAUAGAGUGGGAUGCUGUAGAAUUACCAUCACAAUUUAUGGAAAAUUGGUGUUAUCACAGGUAUUUGGAACUUUUAUUGUCUCUAUGUCUAACAAACAUAUACAAGAAACUCCUUGCUGCUAGGACUUUCCGUGCUGGAUCCUUUAGUCUCCGUCAGUUGAGAUUUGCAACACUGGAUCUGGAGUUGCAUUCGAGAUACACACCAGGUGGUUCAGAAACAAUCUUUGAUGUUGACCAACGGGUUUCUAAGAAGACUCAAGUGCUCCCCCCACUUCCUGAUGAUAAGUUCCUUUGUGGUUUCAGCCACAUAUUCAAUGGUGGAUAUGCUGCUGGAUACUACAGCUACAAGUGGGCAGAAGUUUUGUCUGCUGAUGCUUUCUCUGCAUUUGAAGAUGUCGGCCUAGAAAACGAGAUGGCUGUCCAAGAAACAGGAAGAAGAUUCCGGGAAACCGUGCUCGCUCGUGGAGGCGGGAAAGAUCCACUGGAGGUUUUUAUUGAAUUCCGAGGACGAGAACCUUCUCCAGAGCCCCUCCUAAGGCACAAUGGCCUCUUACCAGCUGCUGCAUAAGCUUCCCAAACAUGCCCUUUAUAGGCCCAACCCAGCCAUGUACGGUUAGCUUCUUCAAACUCCUCAGAAUCACACUUAAAACUUUUGCCAACUAGUUUAAGAGGAUUACUAAACUGGCAGACUGACU